UUUCUUGAAGGGAGGGGGCAAAGGUUGGAGGUCGGCCGGUGAGCGCAAGAUGGUGGCGUCCGAGCGGCUCCGCGUGGUUCGCUGCGGCGGCAGCUGGUUGAGCGGGAGCCGCGCCGCCUUCUCCGCUGAUUCGAAGUAUCUCAUGUGUGCUUCAGGUGACUAUGUCAAAGUCUACCGUACAGCUACAGAAGAGUGUCUCCAUGUCCUACAGGGUCACAGCAACUUAGUGACAGGAAUCCAGCUGAAUCCUCAGAAUCAUCUGCAGCUCUAUUCAUGGUCUCUAGAUGGCACCAUUAAACUCUGGGAUUUUAUGGAUGGAAUUCUCAUCAAGACAUUUGUCAUUGGAGUCAAACUCUUUGCAUUAUAUGCACUUGCGAGCUUUGAAAACUCAGUAUUUCUUAUUAUUCCAAAGGAUAAUGAUGACAGAUCAGGUACAUUUCAGCUAGUUUCAGUGAAACUUCCAAAAGUGCCAGAUCAGGAGGUAGAAGCCAAGGAGCUGGAAUUGAUUUUGGAUGGUGUAAGCCAGUCUCCGAAAUGUACUGCCCUUGGAAGAGAAGGUGAAUAUGUGGUAUCAGUCUCAGAGUUUCAUCUCCUUGUUUGCUUUUUCAAGAAGAAAAAGAUGUACAGCUUCCCUUUAGGUUCCAAAUGCAAGAGUAGCGCAACCGGUGGCUUCACGUGUGUGGCUUGCCAUCCAAAGGAAGACUGCAUAGCAACUGGACACAGAGAUGGCAAGAUUCGUCUGUGGAGAAAUUUUAAUCAUAAGCGAGAAUACACAUUUGCUACCAUGCACUGGCAUCAUGAUGAAGUUAUGGAUCUCGCUUUCACUGUGGAAGGAACAACUCUUCUGAGCGGUGGGAUCGAAUCUGUCCUGGUCCAGUGGCGAGAUGGGUCGGAUGCCAAGAAGGAGUUCCUGCCUCGUUUGGGAGCCACAAUACAGCAUAUUUCUGUCUCGCCGGACGGAGCCCUGCUUUGUACCUCCCACUCAGAUAACAAAAUAGUAAUCAUACACAGCAACUUGAAAGUCUCUGCAGUAAUUCAAGGAUUAAUCAGAGGCAGUGAUGUCAAGACUGGUUUGAUGGUUGAUCCAAGAACUAAAGCUUUGGUUCUGAAUGGCAAACCGGGUCAUCUGCAGUUCUACUCACUGCAAAAUGACAUGCAGCUGUUUAACUUGGAUAUUGUGCAGCAGGAGUUCAUCCACCAGUAUGGCCUGAACCAGAUUGAGCUAGUGAAAGCCGCAUUUGACUCCAAAGGCAACUGGCUGGCUACACUGGAGCAGCAGCAAGGAAGCUGCCGCGAACUCGAAUUGCAGAUGAAGCUCUGGGUGUAUGAUGAGCAAACACAAAGCUUUACUCUGAACACAAGAAUAAAUAUGCCACAUGAGGAUCAUAUCACGGCUCUGUGUUUCCGAGAUACAAACGAGGCUGAAGACGUAACACCAACAUUGGUAACAGCUGGCCAUGAUGGACACUUUAAAGUCUGGAUGCUUCAGGUUGAUAAUGAAGGUGAAAACCAAAGCAUAACUUGGACCUGCGAUUUUGUAGGAAGCUAUCACAAUUAUCGAGCGACGAAUUGCUGUUUCUCUGAAGAUGGGUCUUUGCUUGCGGUUAGCUUUGAGGAAAUAGUCACUGUGUGGGACUCUGAAACUUGGGAUCUAAAAUGCACUUUCUGCCAUCGUCCUGGAACUAUACUAAGCGUGUGUUUUGGGAGGCUAAGUUGUUCAAAGUACCUUCUGGCCACCACCAGUGGAGGCUUUUUGUGCUGUUGGAACUUGCUGAGCUGUGCAUUGGAAUGGAGUGCCCAAUUAAGCGCCAUCAUUCUACAACCUGAUGGACUGUCUGAAAACAUAGCUGCUGUUUCGUGGAACUCGGAAUACUCUGAUGUGUACGUGUUUAAACCCAGUGAGCCACGACCCUUGUGCAUCCAGAGGAAGGUCUGCAGAAGCAAAGUCCGGUGGGCUGUCUUUGUUCCAAGAGAUGUGCCCGAAUGUAUCAGCUCAGAAAAAUACCAGUGGCUCAGCCAAUCACAGUUUUACUUCCUGACUGAAACUCAUGAGUUGAUGACAUUUAGCACAAAGACCCCAGAAGAGAGGCUAAUGCCUUCUAGCAGACAGCUGGCAGUAGAUGAAAGCGUCUCCAUGACACCUUUUUACCUGCUCUUGGGAAAGCGCCAUCAACAAACAAAAGAGGCUGCAGAAAUUGGGCAGGUCACUAUGAGGAGCAGCUUGGCACGCGAGUCACCUGCUGUCAAAGAACUGCUUCACACUCCAGCCCACGUAUUACCAUCUGCCUCUUUCCUGUGCCCUAUUUUUCUUAACUCGCUGCUGGUGUCUAAAACAAACAAAAGCACUGGUGGAGACGUUGCUGAUGAAGUUGAAAUGGAAAGCGACAGUGGAGAGACUGAAUCUGAGGAAGAAACCAUGAUUACUGAAGUGCAUCCAGAAGCUUCAGAAGCAGCAGAAUGUUUGGGGGACAUUAUAUCUAAAUUAUCAAAAACUCAAGAAAGAAAACUGCGUAAAAUAAGAAAACAGGACUACAGCUGGGCAUCAACCCUCUAGACAUUAGCACUGUGGACUGCAUACUUUUAUAUUUCUUAACAAUAAUUUAAUAGCAUGGUCAUGCUUUCAAAUAAAAGGUUGGCCCAGGUACAA